AUGGAUUUAAGUGUGUUUUUUAUAUUGUCUAUUUUUGUUUUGAUUCCUGCAAAAAAUAUUAAUGGCUUCACUAUUGAACUCAUCCACCCUAACUCUCCUUCAAACCCUUACCGUAACCCUUCCAACAACAAAUUUCAUUGGAUCCGGCAGUCGUAUAGCAACACUGACAUAAAGCCAUUGGAUGGAGGAUACGUCAUGAAGUACUCCAUCGAUGCAUGUUCUCUCGAUGACGAUGACUUUCAAUGUUCCAACAACAACGUUUGCCAGUACGACGUCAGUUAUGGCGACGGGUCCGAAAGCGUCGGUGACGUGGUUACUGAUACUCUCACCAUCGGCAACACUUCCUUCAAGAACGUGGUGCUGGGGUGCGGCCACUGGAAUAACGUCACGUUCUCCAACAGCAUCGCCUCUGGCAUUGUUGGCCUCGGCUACUCUAAUGUCUCGAUCGUCAAGCAGUUGAGCAAAGAAAUCGGUGCAAAAUUUGCUCACUGCCUAUCUUCUCAAUCUGAUUCCAAAAGCUAUAUAAGUUUCGGCACAGACGCCAUAGUUAAGGGUCCUGAUGCUGUUUCAACUUAUAUCUCCAUACGCCCUGAAGAACCUCCCUUUUACUGGCUCUCCUUAGAAAGCAUGAGUGUCGGCGAAAAGAACAUCCCCGUCAAGCAAUCUCCUCUUGAAACACCUGGCAACAUUAUCAUUGACUCAGGGAUGACACUGACAACCAUCCCGCCCGAUGUGUUCGAUAGUAUGAAAUCAGAAAUGAUGAAACAGAUUGGGGAGACUCCUAUAGAUGAUCCUCAAGGCUUAUUCGGGCUAUGCUACUCGACAAGUAAAAAAAUUAAGGUGCCAAAAAUUGUUGCACAUUUUUCAGGGGCUGAUGUAGAGUUGUCACCUCGGAGAUUAUUUGAAGAAGUAGAAGAAGGUAUCUCUUGUUUCACAAUAACUUCAUUCACAUACAUGGAAACAUCCAUAUUCGGCUGUCCAUCCCAAGUAGACUACCUUGUUGGGUAUGAUUUGGAAGAGAUGACAGUUACCUUCAAGCCUGCAGAUUGCUCCAAAUUUUAA